AUGGGAGAGUUAUGGGCAAGAAAGACAAGAAGGAAAUUUAAAUGGCGAGAAUGGAGAUAUCAAGUCUUUUUUGAAGUACCAGUCUUAUAUACUGCACCACCAGGAAUCACUGUCGGCCCCCUCACUAAAUCUGACACGGAGUCAGUCAAAGAGAGUAGCAAGACCUAUCAGGACAAGGCGAUUCCAAUGGAAGUUAUUGAGAUCCAGAAACACUUUCAUCCGAUCUACAAGAUAACAGGCACAGAGAGUUCUUGCAAGCAUACCUUGGCGAAAUUCAGUAAUGACGAAGAGAAAUGGACAAACGUUCACACAGCAGAGGAUGAAGGAUGUUCAUGGGUCCUACUUCUAGAUGCUGUACAAGGGCAAGAGAAGGCUUCACGAGCAUGGGACAACGCACUCCAACAGGGACUGAGCCACACAAUCUGCUGUCUGAUCCAAAGGAAGAGACGCUGUUGGGAUUUCAUACCCCCCAAUACUACGAAACCCUUUGCAAUGACAACCAUUUGUCAUCUUAUCGAGAUUAUGUCAAUGUUGGGUCUCGUCUGGAAAGAGUUCGACAUAAAAAAGUCGUCAUUGAGCGCCGAGGGCAAUGGUUAUAUGGUCAAAAGCGAAUACGUCCCAGGCCUCGGCAUUCUGACCAGAUUUUCCCGCUUAUCGAAAGCAGAGCAUAAGGAGAACAGGAUCGUUCCCUGUGAAGAAAUCAAGCGACUUUGCUUUGGAGAAGUGUCGUCACUCUUUGACACGGUGAGGGAAAGUCUGCAGGCAAGCCCGGGUCGAUUGGAAUAUUGCCUCAAGCGCUUGCUGCCAAAACUGGGUCACGAGCAUCGAAAGCUUAUUUUGGAUAAAACUGAAGAACCACCAAGAUCACUCAUGUUCCCGAUCACUUUUGAGCUUAUUGCUAUGACCACGAAAUCUGUUCAUAUCCCGGGGUCAAAUUUCGAAGACUUCCAAAUCCUUGCAAAGACAGCAUACUCCGAUGCAGCCACUUGCCUUGCAAACGAAAAAGCUGAUAAGCACUAUUAUGCCCAGGAGGAGGAUAGACAAACCAGUAAGGACCGAGCAGCCGAGCAACAUAAUACUCGACUUCUUGUUCUGCUUGACUCUCUGCAUUUGGCUGUCGAGAUGGUCGACGAAAGGCUCAAAGGCCUGGUUGGCAAACCCCAAUUCGGUGAAGUCCUCGCUUUGCACCUUGCCGCAGUGCUAGAUCAACAAAACACACUCAACUUGGAGCUGGCGAAUGCGACCGGAGACAACCCAAAAGAGAAGAUCCUGAUCAACUUCUACCUCAACAACAUAUUCCCAGCUGCGGUGAAGGAACCGGUAGAAGCAGUCAGUGGCACGCAAACGCCGGACUCGGCGACGUCACAGUCGGCUGGUAGUGAUGAAGCCACGCUCUCUCCAGCAACAACAACAAACGAAGAAAGGAGUGCUAUCUGGUUGGGAUUGAUGUUCAAAAUGUGGUCAUGGCUGUUUCUGCAUGAUUUCAACCCUGAGGAUAAUAUGAUUGAGAGGAGCGAAUUCAAGAAUAACAGAUUGCCUAUCUAUAUUGGCUAA